AUAAAAUUAAGUUCCUGUUCCUGAGAUUUACCUUUGAUUUUCCUUUGCUUUGAAACGUUGAAGAUAUAAGAUAAUAAUAAACACUAAAAUGUCCCGCUAAUUUCAAGACAACAGUACUGGCUAUAACGUGCAAAUGGAUAUAAGAAAUUACUUUACAUCUAAAAAAGAAAAGAAAGUUAAAGAUGAAGAUAGUGAUGUUAUUCCAGAGUCACCUCAAGUAACAGUCAAAGAAAAGAAAAAACUAUCACGGAAAAGGAGACAAAUCUCAGAUGAUUCAGAUGAAGAAUCCAAACAGAAAAAUAAAAAUUCAAAGUCAAGCGCUAAAAACAAAUCCCCACCUACAUCUACGCUUAAAGAAGUAAAAGCCUGUGAUAUUUUUUCUACAUCAAUUAAAAGAACAGAGCCAAUAGUUAAGAAGGCUAAGAAAAAAACUGAAAUUGGUCUCCACUCUGAUGAUGAAUUUGAACAGAGUCUGUUAGAAAUAGAUGAAGUUGAAGAGAUUGAAAAAUGUAAAUUAUCCAAUAAUUUAAAUAAAGAAACAGACCAUAAAUCUUCAGAGAAAAGUCCAAGCAAAGCAAAGAAAACAAAUCAUGAUUACAGUAAACAUAUACCAGAUAAGAAAGUUAAUGGUGAGAAGCAAACAAAAACACAUCCAGAGAAGAAAGUAAAUGGUGAUAAAGAAAUUAAGCCAGAAAUCUCAGAUAAGAUAGAUGAACAUAUAGAAGAAAUAGACAAGAAAGGAAAGAAAAGAAAGGCAGAAGAAGAUGAUGGCAAUGAUCAUGAAAACAGUAUAUCAAUAAAAGUUGAAACAAAAAAAGAUUUUAGAGAAUUUCUUGAAAAUGAUGAUUCAUUAGUUGUGUAUGAUGAAGAUGAUAAAAAUCAUGAAAGUGAACCAAAACGAAAGAAACCAAAAGUUAAUAAAAGUCUUAAUGAAUCUGUGUUGUCAGAUGAAGAGAAACAUGAAAGAAAAAGAUAUUCUGCGGCGUUAUAUCAAAAGUAUUUAAAUAGAACAGGUCCCAAAAACUUAGGAGCUAAAGAAAUUCCUAAAGGUGCACCAAACUGCCUGAAAGAUUAUGUGUUUCUUCUCACCGGUGUGCUAGACUCAUUUGAAAGAGAUGAUGUAGUUGCAGCCAUCUCUGAGUAUGGAGGUGUAGUCAAAAAUGGUAUCAGUAAAAAGAUAACACAUGUCAUAGCUGGUGAAGACGCUGGUCCAGCUAAAGUCGCUAAAGCGCAGGACUUAGGAAUCAAAAUACUCAAUGAAGAUGAAUUCUUACAACUGAUUGCGGAUUCAACAAAAUCAAAAAGCAAAUCUGAUAAAAAAGACGAGAAAGGAAAAAAUGAAUCAAAAUCAGAUAAAAAUAAAACUCUUAAGGAUAAGAAAGAGGAUACAAAUCAUAGACACGAAUCGAGGUCAUCUGAAAAGGAUAAAAAAUCUAAAGAUAAAAAGGAAGAUAGAAAGAGGGAAUCAAAAUCACAUGAGAAAAUUAAAAAGCAUGCAGAUGAUAAAUUAGAGAAUGGUAUAAAUAGUGACAUCAAAAUUAAUAAUUGUAUACCUGAUUCUGAUGCAUUAAAAACAAUUAAAGAAGAAAGAAAGUCUGUGUCACCUCAAAACGAAACCAAAGAAAUCAAAGUUAGUGGCGAUCAGAAAAUUAAACAAGAAAGAAUCGUUAAAGGUGAUAUCAAUGAGAAACUCAGUGUGACUCCGUCUCUGAUGUGGGUAGACAAAUACAAACCGCAGACUGUGAAGCAGAUUAUUGGACAACAUGGAGAUGCUAGUAAUGUGAAAAAGCUCAGUAACUGGUUGACGAAGUGGUACACAAACAGAGAGGCUAAACUCCCUAAGCCCAGUCCCUGGGCGAAGAACGACGAUGGAGGUUAUUAUAAGGCGGCUCUGCUAUCUGGGCCACCCGGUGUGGGUAAAACCACAACGGUGUCGCUAGUGUGCAAAGAGCUGGGUUUUGACACGGUUGAGUUCAAUGCUUCCGACACAAGAAGCAAGACGUUGAUAAGGGAACAAAUUGGGCAGCUGCUUACUACCACGUCCCUGUCUGGGUAUGCUAAAGGUGCAACUGGCAAAGGAGCUGUGUCAAAAAAGCAUGUGCUAGUGAUGGACGAAGUUGACGGUAUGGCGGGCAAUGAGGAUAGAGGUGGUCUCCAAGAGCUGAUAUCUCUAAUCAAGAGUUCCUCAGUACCGAUUGUCUGCAUGUGUAACGACAGGAACAGCGAGAAGAUGAGGACGCUGGUCAACUACUGCUACGACCUGAGGUUUAGCAGACCGAGGGCUGAUCAGAUAAAGGCGGCGAUGAUGUCCAUCUGCUUCAAAGAGGGUGUGAAGGUGCCGGCUGACGUGAUGACCUCGAUCAUAGCGGCUGCAGGCCAGGACGUGCGGCAGGUGCUACAUCUACUGAGCAUGUGGGCGGCCGACGCGCAGGGUACACACUCGAGUAAACCCACUAAGGAUGUUAAGAUGGGUCCAUGGGAGGCGAUACGCAAAGUUUUCUCCGCUGAGGAACACAAGACGAUGAGUCUCAACGACAAGAGUGACCUGUUCUUCACGGACUACAGCAUCAUGCCGCUAUUCGUGCAGGAGAACUACCUCAGUGCGGCGCCGGACUGUCGCAAGAACGAAGUGCUGGACCGCAUCAGUAGAGCGGCGGACAGCAUCAGCCUGGGAGACAUCGUCGACGCCAGGAUACGCAGCGGCCAGGCGUGGAGCCUUCUUCCCGUUCAGGCCAUGUACUCGUCCGUGAUCCCGGGCCAUCACUGCAGCGGGCGCAUGUGCGGCCAGAUACAGUUCCCGGGCUGGCUGGGGCGCAACUCUCGUGCUAACAAGCUGAAACGCCUCGCUCAGGAGAUACACGCGCACACUAGGCUCAGUACAACGGGCUCCAAAUCUUCAAUAUACCUGGACUAUUCGACGCAUCUUCGCGAUGCAGUGGUCAACCCCCUGAUAAAAGACCGGAAUGACGGGAUUGACCAGGCUCUGAAUGUGCUGGAGUCGUACCGACUUGUUCGAGAGGAUUUGGAUUCGCUCACCGAGCUCUCACUUUGGCCUGGACAACGGAAUCCGAUGCUACUCAUAGAUUCUAAGGUUAAGGCAGCGAUGACUCGAACAUAUAAUAAAAGAGCAGCUCCACUUCCAUACCUGCCACAGGCUAUCAAAAAGGGCCGGACCCAAGAAUCCCAAGAGUCCCAAGAUGGGACAGAAGAUUAUGAGGAGGAAGAGGAUGAUAAUGAUGACAUGGAUCCAGAAAAAGAUGUUCUUAUUAAGAAAAAGAAGAAGGAAACAGAAAAGCCAGCCAAGGCUAAAGCUUCGACAUCAAAAAAGAAGAAAUAAUCAUGCA